UGCGCGCUGCCUUUGUGUUCAAGCCGGCAAACGCUGCCGACAAAGGGAAGAGCAGCCUUUCGGGGUGAGGGGGAGGCGCUGAGCUGCUCCUGCGAAGAGCAGAACAAGGGCAAGUUGUGGUAGAAACGGGUUUGGAGAAGAAAAGCGGUGAUUAUCGCUCUCCACAGGCCGCGAUCUGUUGUAGUCCCUCCUGAUACGGACUGGGGGGGGGCUGUUCCUCUUUCUGAAUCAGUGACUAGAGGUAAACAUCAGUAGCAUUGUGCACAAAGUCACUCAAAAGUUCUCCCCAAAUCCCUUUCCUGUCGUCUAAGCACAGGAGGGGGGCUGAUCCUUGCAAGUGUUGUCAGGCCAGGUGCCUGUCCCUUAGAUGCUCCCUGAAGUAUUGUUUUGAAAUACUCUUGAUGCAACAUCAAGGAAACUGCCUAGGUUUGUUACCCCUUACAGUUAGACAACUUAUAUGGAAAGUAGGCAUAGUCAAUUUGAAGGAAAAAAAAAAAAGGGACCAUUUAAUCUUUCUGGUGUGUUUCUGUACCUGCUAACUUUCCCCUAACCCUGUAAUGUCUGUAUCCUGGUUAGAGGAUCCUGCUGUUGAAACGGCGGAGGAGGCUAAGGAACCAGCAGAGGCAGACAUCAAUGAACUCUGUAAAGACAUGUUCAACAAAAUGGCCACUUACUUAACAGGUGAACUGACAGCCACCAGUGAAGACUACAAACUCUUGGAAAACAUGAAUAAGCUGACUAGCUUGAAGUACCUAGAAAUGAAAGAUAUUGCUAUAAACAUCAGUAGAAAUCUGAAGGAUUUAAAUCAAAAAUAUGCUGCUCUUCAGCCGUAUCUGGAACAAAUCAACUUAAUUGAGGAACAGGUUGCAGCUCUGGAGCAGGCAGCCUAUAAAUUGGAUGCAUAUUCCAAAAAACUUGAAGCCAAGUACAAAAAACUGGAGAAACGAUGAAAUUACAACAGUCUUUAAGUUGGAGUUGGGCUAUGAGUCAGACCGAUCCCUUCUUAAGUUGCACAACAGCAAUUCUGUAUGUUGACAAGGAUUUGGUUACAGCUAACAUCAAGACUGGUAACUUUUUCUAUCUAUUGAAUACAGUAGGCUGUAUUCAGGCUUAAGGCCGAAUAUUAUUUUCCUCUUCUCAAGAGGUUCUGUUGCCUCAGUUGUUCUGCAGCAAAAAGUAGAAGCCUGUCCCUAACCCAUAUGUUGAUACUGGCUAUGUGUGUUAGUCCUCUGUCCCACAUGAAAUACUCUACCUAGGAAAAGCCCUGUAAAGACAUUUUCCCUCAGUAGCAGCAGGACCCAAACUUAAUUCCUUUCCUCUGCGUUGAGAAGAUACCCGGGCCUUUGGAGUUAUGAACGUGGUAUUGAAAACACUUCGUUUUGGUAUCCACCUUUAUCUGUUUGAAAUAGAGAGACUAAUUAUUAUAAAUUUACAAUAAAACAACUCGCUGCAUUUGUCUCUCUGGAAUCUCAAAUUCCUGUUGGGAAGAUUAUGUAAGUUGUCUUUCUAUUUUUUCAAAGGGUCUGUUUAAUAAAGACAAACUCCUUCCAGCUACUGGAAAUCAUAGAAGAGAACAUGUCUUAAACUCUGUGUCAAGUAUUCCUGCAGUUAUAUUCUUUGACUGUGUGGACCUCGGGUGAAAUUGCAAGAAGUAUUGCUUGAUCACAUGCUCAGUUAACUUACUUGACCAAUGAAUUUUGAUCCUAGUAGUUUUUGAAGAGGCAUGCCCAGCACAGAAAGCUUUUUCUCUACCAGAUUAACAGUGUUCCAAAUUGCUAACAUAGCAGAGCCCUUCUUACUGAACAGGUACUCCUAGUCCCAAGUUUUUUUUUUCUGAACGUAUUGACCCUGACUAGUUCAAGCUGGCUUUUGAGUGAGUUGCAGUUGAGGAUCAUACAAGUGCUGAUGUAGGAAAGAAGCAGUUCAAACUUCCUGCAGGCGGUUUAGAAGAAUGUCCUGUCAGGUGCCAAUGUGGUAAAGAUAAUAAUGCUGUCGGUCAAUGUACAGCCACUGUAAAGGGUCAAGAUGGACACUUUUCCCUAGUGCUUUUUAAAAGCAGUGAAGCAGAUGGCCUUUGAGAGCCUUCACCAUCACUUUAAAAAUCCUGGGUUUAAAAUAGAAAAUACUAUUCUGUAUGGCCUUGAUGUAGGAUUUGAGAAAGGGUCGAGUUCACUUUGAAGAAAGGCCUUUUUGGAAUGAGCAUCUUUAAAGAAGAGGGUUUAAGUCUCACAGAGGUAUCCAGCCAUUUGCGUCUGUAUUGCUUUUAUCCGUAGUUAGCUCACUGAUGACUUUUCUACCUGUGAAAGCGAAUUGGACAUUUUGUUAUCAACGCAACAUCCUCCAACCCAACAGGAAGAGGUACCAACAGAUGGGUUAACAUUUCUCUGUUGGAGGAAAUUACACAGCCUGUUUUAAAAUCUGACAGAUCAUCAUCAUCUCAGGAUUCAUGGUGUGUUUGCAGUUCUGCUGGACAAGAGGAUCUAGCCAGCCAGAUCUAAAGUAUUUGUGCCCAGAGACUGACAUUGGAAUGACAGCCUGAACAGUGGCAUGCUUGGUGAUCUCUGAUGCUGUGAAGUGAUACCACAAGGUAGUAGACAAUCUAAAACUCGUGGAGGAGAAUCACAGAGGUUUGGCUGCUGAUGUAAAAGCUUGAGGGUGCUGCUCGGAGCUCCUCUGUUCCCUAAAGAACGAGGAUUUUCAUUGCAGCAUAUAGCACUUGAAUGUGGCUGGGACCUUAGUCCCUGAUCCCCUGUAAGUCCCCUCCUUGGCCCCUAUCCAUCUCUUAGAACAGAAAAGUUACUGAUUCAUGUCAGGUUGGGAGUGGUUCUGGAUAGGUGGACAUCAUCUAGAGCUGACCGGCCACUGAAAUGCUUACCAGGGCAGGAUGUUAUAGGAUAUAAGACCACUGAUCUUCCAGCCUAGUGUUCUCUCUGAUUCCCAGUUCUUUCUGGGAAGAUGGUGCUAGAGGCACAGAGUGGAUGCUGGCACACAAAGGGAUUGUUCUCCGCUGCAGGGAUGCAGCUGGCCCUGCACUCUGGCUAGGUGCAGAGGCCAAGAUGAGGGGUAGCAGAAUUGUAUCCCAAGCAAUUACAAUGGAGAACUGGCCAUCUGCUGUCUAGAGAAUUGUGAUCAUCUCCAUGUGAUAAGAGUAAUAUCAAGCCCUAAAUGCCAGUGACUUGUCCUAUCACAUGGCAGCAAGCCAAGUAAGUUCUGCUCAUGGCAGAUACUCUGGAAAUCAAGUAUGGAACAUGGUCCAGACAUGCUCCAUGCUCUAAGGGCAGCAUGCUGCCAGUAUUGUUGCAAGUCCACUCCCUUAUUGGGUGUGCUCAGACCCUCGAUGGGAGACAGACUCCACAGAUCUAAGCUGGGUAUGGAGCUAGAUGUAUGGCAGCCCUGCUCUGUCUUAAGUCCCAGUCACCUUUACUUUUCCUUAAUGCAUACUGUCCACAUUGCAGUUGGGAUGCCAAAACUUGUAGUUCCAUAGUAACACGGAUUCACUGUCACUGGGAUUCUAACAGCAGCUUUGCUGUGUAAAUUCCUGAAGUGGCCAAGAAGAACAGAACGGCUUUUCUUUCUGUUUUGCGUUUACAUCCUCUAGCACUUCCAACUGCCUUGGACCCAGUAGUGCACCUUUUCAUCUUGAGACCAUGGAGAGGCACAUAAUAGUGAAGAUGUUUUGGGGCUGCUAGUCUUUCUUAAUAGAAAAGAGGAUUAUGUGCCUCACCCUUUUAAAGCAUGGUUUAAUGUACCAAGCUCAUUCUGUAGCAGCAAGCCUUCCGUUCCAUAAUGUGUGCCCGGAGCAUGCUAUGUUGCCAAAGGCAGCUAUGGACAUGACAGCAGCCCAGUAGGAAGCUUUCCUAACAUGGGAGUUGGAUAUAAGGAUUGUCAGUGCUUGGGCGGAAAGGGUUGUGCUCAAGGAUAGGCUAGUGCUAGCUAAGCCAGAACACAUUCUCAGGGGCAUGAGGGCUAGUGUUUGUCCUCUGCUCAGAAGAGAACUGGAAAGUUGUGAUUAAGGAAAUUGUGACUGUACAAAACACCACUCUGGAGCACACACGUACCAGCUGUAACCCCUAAUCACUUCUCAGGUCUCUAAAGACAUGUCUGAAAGCUGAGGAUGCUGUCAGUGUCAUGACUAAAAUUGGAAUGGUGCCCUCUGAGACAGCAACCAUGCAGCUGUUGUUGACAGGUCUUGCUCCUCACCCCUCAAGGUCAAGGGGAUCAAGGGAGCUGAGUGGCGAUGGGUAGGUAAAUAGGGUCACAUGAAAGUAAAACCGUUGUAUCUAUCUCGUUCCCUCUGUACUUCCCUCAUCUGGAGAAUGCUCAGUCUGUAUGGAGCUUCCUGGCCUGCCCCAUCCCACCUCUUCAUAGUCAGAGGACCGGUGUCUGGUUUGUAUGUCUAUAGCAUGGCAAAGAGCAGGCUCAAGAACAGAUUUAAAUAUACUCCAGUGACACUCCUAUUUGGAUGUGGUUUUGUAGGACUGCUGGCUUAGCCAUGUCUUGUUUCAAUCACAGGUGCGUUUGAUAGUUGCUUUGGUGAAGAGGUCCACUCACCACAUGCAAACCAGCGUGCUGUUGGAAGGUAUAGGAAUCUCUGUGAUCGGGGCAUAGAAAAUUUCAAAGAAAAAUAAUACGGCAUUUCUCUGCUCAUGGUCUUUCCUUGACGGGAUUGCAGGAGGGCCACAAGAGGGCGAUGUGUCAGCAGAAAAAACUUCCACACGAUAAAGCAGUAAAGGCAAAGGACCAAAUUUUGUUCCUGUUGAAAAAGUUGCUUUUCUACGUGUAGAGUAUACAAUCCUAUUUUAAAACUACAAAGAUGAAAACCUCCAGGAACUCUGAAGAUGGAAAUCUAUUUAGCCAUGCAUUGCCAGCAAGCUUUCAGUGUUUUCGGGUAAGGGAGCUAAAAGAAAUACCAAAUUUCUUCACAAACUCUUGAGUAUCCUACCUCCAGGAAGCAGAAAUGGGGAGAAGAGCUUGUCCCACAAGUGACUUUUUACUGGGAGGAAAUUUUAGAGACUGACUACCUCGCUGACUGGAGGAUUGUGUAACAGUGGCAUCCCAGUUAGGCCAAGAGCUCACAGCUGUGUUCCCAGUUCUGUCUUGGGGUAACUAUUCCCCUCUCUGCCUGAGGACCCUCUGUGUGACUGGUAGAAUCCAAAUCACCGCAAGGAUGGCAGAUCCUUGGAGAGUAGCAUCAUAGAAGAGACGUUGCUAGGCGUGUGUGAAUAGCAUUGUACUGGGGAAAUGUAUAGUCCAAAAGCAGAGGCACAACUUGUUUGCAGCUCAAACAUUUCAUCUGGAAAGACUGUGAAAAGUUCCAGAGAAGGUACAGAGGUACAGGGGGAGACUAAAACACUAUCUCUUCUCUCCUACAGCAUUUUCUGGUGGAAAACAUAAUAAGAAAGUAGCAGGUACUUAAAGGGAAGAACACAGAAGAGAACAGAUGAAAGGGAGGGCCAACUGAUGAGAGUCAAGGGGCAAAGUAUCUCAUCAAAGCAGUCUGUGCAACUACUUCAGAGCUGAAGCAGUUCUUGAGGACUUGAAUUGCAACUGCAAACCAGGGGGUGAAAAGCAGCCUAGCAAAUACAGCUCUUUCAGCAGAAGCAGAAGAGUUGAGUUCCAGAAGAGGACUUUUUUCCCUGGCACCUUGAGAGAGGUUUGCUCAGCUGCUCUAACAGGUUAUUCUAAUGUCAUCCAACUUCCAGAGCAGUACUUUGUGGAGACAUCCACAGUCUUCAGAAUGGGCUCUUAAAUCAUCAGUGGAAACUGCAACAUGUCCAACAGCUGCAAAACAACUCUUCUAGAAUGGAGUAUACUUUUUAACCUGGAACUGUGUGUUCAAUAGAAAUGUUAAAAGUUAUCCAAAGGGAUGAUAAUCACAAGUGUGUAUAAUGGACUGAAGAUAAAAACAUUGUUGUGUUUGCAGCAUCCCAUCAGAGGAGAAACAUAUAAGCAGCAGUAGUAGGCAGCUUAGUAGUAGACAAGCAUGCCAUGAAAGUAUGACAGGGUUUGUUAAUGCAAGGUUUUUAACAGUCAAUGUUUGUCCCUACAUUAUGUCCUGGUUUCGGCUGGGAUAGAGUUAAUUUUCUUCACAGUAGCUAGCAUAGUGCUGUGUUUUGGA